AUGAAUAUAAGCUCGCCAUCAUCACCAAAAGAAACAGAAGCAUUUGAAAACGGCUCACAUCGAAGAAAGCAGCCAGUCAACAUAAUGAAAGGUUCUUGCUCAUCAUCAGUACUUUUUAAUGAAGCUGGCCGAAGCAUCGAAUCCAGUUGUCUUCUUUUUCAAAAAAAAACGUGGACGCGAUGCUAUUUAUUAUGCUCACAACCCACUGAUAUUAGCACUGUCGUACUUUACAUAUACAAAAGUCAUAAACGACGCUUGAAAAAUGACGAAACGUCAGCUAUUUCUUUAAACACUUUUGUGGGUCUGGAAUCAGGUUUCGAGCUAAAAAAACAAAAUAAUACAAUGUGUGUCAUAACGCAAACCAAUAUUCUGAUUGUUUCGUUUCGAUCGCCCGAAAUGUUGAUAAUGUGGGAGACAUGGAUUCAUCAUGCUUGUUCUAAAGGUUCAGUAUUUUACGCACAGUUGGUAGGUGCUCCUGAAGCAAGCCGAGCAUAUGACUGCAUAAACUGUGAAGUUCGAUUGCACAUACACGACGGUCGGAUUGCGCUUGUUAGUGGUUGUCCACAGCGUCUGAUUGGCUUUUGGCUUCUGAAUGAAAUUAUUCGGGUCUGUUUCGCCCACAACAAGAUGCAGUUUUUUGGAAAUGAUAGAAGUGGUGUGGAUGAUGGCAUGUAUUCCUUAAUUUGUGGGCGGAUACAACUUCUUGAAAAGCACUACAAAUUAGCCAGCAAACCAGGAUUACUGACAGUAUUUUUGGAACAGAAGGAAGGAGAUGGACUGUGGAAUGAAUGCAAGCCUGAGGUUUCUUCAAAAACAGUACUGCGAAACUCCAGUAUACGUAGCGUUCAAAAUUCUGAAAUAGAUCAUUUUAGCUUACCUAAUAUACGCCGAAGUUCGAGCCGCAAAUCAGCACCUCUAAGAGUUGUACAUGCUUCAUACGUGAAUGUACCGACUAAUUCUCGAUUCCUUUCUGUAUCAAAUGCUUCAUCGAUGGCAUCGUGCUCUGUGCCUUAUGCAAAUGAAAUGAUGUGCGAAGAAGACUAUGUACAUUCGCAGAGUGAACCAUCUGUAUCAUCUGUCGAAAAUUGGGACAAAGCAUCUGAUCUUCACCUUAACUCCACCUCUAAAGAACACCGUAUUUUGCUUAACUCGACUAUCAGCUCGGCUAGGUCUCUUUCACGUGCUGAUAGUUGGCCAAGGCCAUUAGCUGAUGAAAUUAUUCGAAGAAGAGAAAUAUCUCUUCAUAGUCGAAAAUGGUAUGCAUCAAACAGCCGAGAAACAAAGGGACGAUUUAUGAAGCAAGAAAAAAAGUGUAGCAGUGCAAACAAAUAUGAAUUCAACAGCUGUCAAGGGAAAUCUAACCAGCGCCUCCCGAAACGUUCAAGAUCACUAGGUAUGGAAGCUAAGUUUCUCGGUGCAUCACGAGAAGAAAAUUGGAAUCGGGCAAAGCGUAUUAUUGGUGGAGUAAGAAAAUCGAUCAAUGAGUUGAAUGUAUGUAAAACAAUACCAUUACCAUCUGUUGAUGGUAUGAACCGUUUUACUGAACGAUUGGCAUGCAAUAAUAUACAAGAGUUGGAAUCUACCAUGCCAGGUUUCACUUCAUCAUUAUCAGCUCAGUCUAUAAAUAGAUUACCAGGUCUGAUCAAGUUACCCCCGAAAAAAUUUAGCCUCAGACGUGCACGUCAUAUACUUACGAAAAGUUUACAAAAAUCUAUUUCGGGUUCAUUCUCGAAAUAUGACGGUGAACGCUGUCUUAAUCAUUUCAACCUUGAAGAUGCUACAUGUCUCGAACCUGUUGUUGACAGUAUUGAGUCAGCCGUGAAUAAAGGUCGAGCUCGUUUGCUCGAAGCUGAGCGAAAUUCAGGAUUCGUUGAUAGAACGAGCUUCUUAAAUUUAUCUUCUAAUCAUUCAAUUAAAAUAGCAGUGCCAGAAAAUGCAGCAGUAUCAUCAAUUUGGUCAACCUUAGAUGGCGCUAACCGUACUGAAUUACUUGAUGAUCAGAUAUUACCAAAAAGCGACAUAUCCUGCAGUCAAUACUUUGGUGAUUCCAAUUCAUUUUCACAAUUACUCAAUGGACAACCUACUAAAAUCAGUGAGAACUCUGUACCAAAGACUCCCUUGUUCGUGACAUCAGUAGGAAAUCCAGCUACAGCCGAAAGUAUAAAAGGUUCUGGAAAUUCGACUAAUGAAUCUAAUAUGGAACCAUCUCAUUUUAUACCAUUUUGUACCGCAGCAGCAUCUCUUUCGGGUAGUUACUGUAAUUUAGAAGCAAAAAUAAUUAGGAAUUUUUCUCAAAGAUCUGCUGAAGUCUCUCGUACUGUUUAUGUACAGAUUGAUCCUAUUGCAACUCUCGGUGCAAUACAGACUCAGCAAACAAUGAUGCGUGAUCGUGCACGAGUUGGCAGUUUAGUCAAAAAUAAGUGUUUUUCUAGCCAAAACAGUGUUGAAAGUAAAGAUCGAAGUGAAGAAGGACUGAACCGAGGUGGGUUUUUUGCACGUCGUUUGUGGCGGAAAUUGCCAAUGUCUAUGUCACAUGCCGAUCUCCGUUUCUAA